CGCCGACUUCGGAAGGCGGGGUCGGGGGAUUGGAAUUGGCGAUCAAGCUUUGGGGAGUUCCAAGUCAAAAGGGGCUGCUCGAACAUCAACCUGCUUUGGGAUGAUUUUUCCUCUGAAAGUUUUAUUUUAUCUAUUUUUGUUGUUUGGGUCUGUUGACAGUUGAUUCAACCCAAUCUACGUCAUAGCUGUUCUUGGGCUCUCUAUACACCUUUUUUUUGCUGCGCCCAAAACCCCGACGUUAUCCGACCCCGCUUCUUUUUCCCAGCUUUGAAAGUUUAAGGAAGAAUAAAAAUGGCGACUCACAAUAUUGUUGUUUUUGGGGGUGAUCACUGCGGUCCGGAGGUUGUUGCCGAGGCUGUCAAGGUCCUCAAGGCGAUUGAGACAAAUGUGCCGAGCGCGGGCAAGUUUAACUUGCAGGAGCACUUGUUGGGUGGUGCCUCCAUCACCGCCCACAACAGCGCCCUGACCGACGAAGCCCUCGCCGCCGCCAAGGUCGCCGAUGCCAUCCUCCUCGGCGCCAUCGGUGGUCCCGAAUGGGGCCCUUCCUCCCCCGUCCGUCCCGAAGAGGGUAUCCUCAAGCUCCGCAAGGAGCUCGGCACCUACGGCAACCUCCGCCCAUGCAACUUCGCCUCCGAGUCCCUCGUCGAUUCCUCCCCUCUCAAAGCCGAGGUCUGCCGCGGCACUGACUUCAUCGUCGUCCGUGAGUUGACCGGCGGUAUCUACUUUGGUGACCGCAAGGAGGACGACGGUUCCGGUUUCGCCAUGGACACCGAGCCCUACUCCCGCCCCGAGAUUGAGCGCAUCGCCCGUCUGGCUGGUUUCUUGGCUCUGGGCCAGAACCCCCCGGCCAAGGUCUGGAGUUUGGACAAGGCCAACGUUUUGGCCACGAGCAGACUGUGGAGAAAGGUUGUGACGGAGGUGUUUGAGAAGGAGUUCCCUCAGCUGUCGGUGAACCACCAGCUGAUUGACUCUGCGGCUAUGUUGAUGGUCAAGAACCCGAGGGCGCUGAACGGUGUGGUGAUCACCAGCAACUUGUUUGGUGAUAUUAUUAGCGAUGAGGCGUCGGUUAUUCCGGGUUCGAUUGGGCUUUUGCCUAGUGCUUCGUUGGGUGGUAUUCCUGAUGGGAAGGGCAAGUGCAAUGGUAUUUAUGAGCCUAUUCACGGCUCUGCUCCCGACAUCUCUGGCAAGGGCAUUGUCAACCCCGUUGGCACCAUCCUCUCCGUUGCCAUGAUGCUCAAGUACUCUCUCAACCUGCCCAAAGAGGCUGCUGCUGUUGAGGCUGCUGUUAAGCUGGCUAUCGACAACGGUGUCCGUACCAAGGAUCUGGGUGGCUCGGCUAGCACAACUGACAUGGGUGAUGCCGUUGUUGCUGAGCUCGUCAAACUCCUCAAGGCUUAG